UGGAAUCUAUUGCAAACUCUGUGGACACUCUUCCAACCCGUGAGCCACUAAUUUCUCAAUACCAUUGUCCACAAUGUCUAUGUUGAAGGCAAUCAACAUGGUACCUCCUGGCUGUGAUGCUCAUGCCACAGUCUGCUCAGGCAAUGAUUGCCUCGUUCCUCCGAGUAACUUCAAUGCAAUACUGAGCCAAGUGUUGUCUGUAGUGCUCACUGUGAUGCUUGCUAUGGUCAUGUUCUCCAUGGGUUGCAAUGUGGACGCCGAAAAGCUGUGGGGUCACAUCAAGAGACCCUGGGGCAUUGUCAUUGGUUUCCUCUGUCAGUUUGGCAUUAUGCCCUUCACAGCAUUUGCCUUGUCACUUGCCUUUGGAGUGUUGCCUGUGCAGGCUGUCGUCAUCAUCAUUAUGGGCUGCUGUCCUGGAGGCACUGGUUCUAACAUUAUCUGCUACUGGCUCGAUGGAGACAUGGACCUCAGUAUCAGUAUGACAGCCUGUUCCUCUAUCCUGGCCUUGGGGAUGAUGCCUCUGUGCCUGCUCAUUUACACCACUACCUGGACUUCCAGUGACACCAUCCAGAUUCCUUAUGACAGUAUUGGUAUCACACUAGCGGCUCUUCUCAUCCCAAUUGCUUUUGGAAUGUUAGUGAAGCGCAGGUGGCCUGUCUUCGCAAAAAAAGUCCUCAAGGUAGGAAUCCUCUAAGCUU